GCACACAUUUGGUGUGGAGAGAAAAAAAAGAUACGCGUCGGAUAUAUUUACUUUGGUACGGUAUCCGUUCAGUUGUGAGCGAGAUGCUGCGCUCGAGGUUGCGAGCGAUCGCCAGCUUAGCGGUGGUUUUUAUUCUUUCGGCGCCGAGCGUAGUUUUUUCAGAAGACCAAACAGCGACCGACGAUUAUGAGGCCACGACGCUAACUGACCAGGAUAUCACCACCCUUCCACCCGCCGACUUUUUCUACCCUUCGGAGGAAGAGGAAGGCGCCUCUAAGGACGCGAACGGGACUGAACCAACCAGGCCGUGGUACAGUCUUGGCAUUUUCCCCUUGCGACAGCGACAACAAAGGUGCCAAUGUGAGGGGUACACGUGCGGCUGCUGCGCCGGAAUGGCCUUGCAGCGCGUCAACAUCAGCCAGCUUGGUUGCAUGAAUUUCACCUACGACCCCGACGAAUUCUCCUUGAGCGCCAAGUUUUUGAUGAAUGAAAGGACACUAAUGGAGAGAAGUGUCUCAGGCAAAAACCCGCCGCCACUGUGCUUCCCAAUUCCGAGCGUGUGGUCCUACAUCCCGAGAUUCGACUUUUGCGCCAAGUUUUCCAACGUUUUCACCCCUGGCCGAAACUUCCACGCGUGUCUCGAGUGGGAAACCAAGAUCAACAAAAGACCCAUACUUCAAGUGGAAUUUGACUGCGUCCGAAUGGGUGCGGACGGCUUUGUCUUUUUGAAACCGGAGGCCGGUGGUGGUCUCGGGCCAAGCCAGGUUUCGCCAGGCAUAGGUGGAGGCGACAUCGACUACACUGGAGGCGGAGGUGGGGCCAUUGGGGAGGACUACGACCCUCUGGAGCCAGAAGCGCCAGAAAAGAAGAAAAAACCGGCAAAGAAACCAGCAAAGAAGAAGCCCAAUCAAAACUAAUUACAAAUUAAUUUAACUAUUUAUAAGUUUUUAAUGUUUACGGAAAUAAAAAUUUAAGAUGAAAAGUA